AUGAUGGCGGAUGAUUUAGACAAAUUUAUUGAAGAUCAGAAGGCCAAGUUGGCACAAGAUAAGGCAGAACUUGAAAAUAAUCCACCUUACAUGGAAAUGAGGAAUAAGGAAUUGGAGAAGCCUUCUGAGACUAGCAAAAUGUUAAUCUCCAUGGCUAAAGAAAAUAUACCUCCAAAUAGUCAACAGAACUAUCCUUUAGGUGACUAUGGCUUGAGUUUACCUCUUGGAGAAGAAUAUGAACGAAAAAAACAUAAACUCAAAGAGGAACUUCGACAGGAUUACAGGCGAUAUCUUUCUCAGGGUAUUUCACAGGCAAAAAGAAAGAAAAAUUAUCUGACUACUGGUGAAGUAGAUCCAUAUACUCAGGGAUUAUCUCUUCCUAUUGAUGAGCGAAGGUCUGCCAAGGAGAAACUACGGAUUGAAAGAAACAAGGAGUACAAUCAAUAUCUCAGGAAUAAAGAAGAAUGGAAUGAAAGGCUAAGGAAAUUAGGGAAGAAAAACACAGAGAAUGAGAUGGACAGGAAUAAAAAAGCUGUUGCUGUUACUAGACUCCAGCCAGAACUACAUACAGAAGUACAGCCCUGUAAUACAGGUGCAGAACCUCCCAAGAAGGAUGCCUUUACUUCUACAGAAGGUUAUGAAGAGCUGCUACAUAAGAGAUGGCUGGAGGAGGACAGGUAUCAUAGGUUAGAUGAUGAGGUUGAAUUAACAAGUCGACUACUAAAUAAAAGACUUGAUGAAGAUUUGGAUGUUCCCAGUCGAAGACAUCGUGGAUUUGCUAGCCAAUAUGUAAUUCCUGUUAGGAAGCAUCACAGGCUUGAUAAGGAUCGUGAUUUCGGUAGAAGAUACUACAGAAUGGACUAUGAUCCUGAGAUAAGUGAAGAAAUGGACCCUAGAUUUAGAUAUGAAAGCGCUUAUGACAGAAAAACUCCCCGGGUUUUUUAUGCUGACAGGCCGUAUCUGGAUGGAACAGUAAGAUAUCUGCCUGCAGACUACAAAUACGAAUUAAAGGAGAGAGCACCUGUGCAGCAGAUCUCAAGAACUGGAAAUUCUAGAAAUCAGAUACAAAUUAGUUCUUCAGCUAAUGAACAGGCCAAGUCUGCAGGUAAAAUGCCACGUGCAACAGGCCUUGUUCUUGGUGGUCAGGACCAAGAACUUGUCCAAAGGAAAAAAGAGAAGUACAGGCAAGAACUAAUAGAACAGAUGGCUGAGCAACAGCGAAAUAAGAGACGUGAGAAGGAACUUGAGCUCUCAGUUGCUGCUUCUGGAGCUCGAGACCCAGAAAAGAAGCUAAGUGAUGAGGAGCCAAACAGAUUGAAGCAGUUUGGCUUGACAGCGAGAGCUUCUGAAGAGAAAGUACCUCCUGAAAAGCCUAGGGUGGCUUUCCAAACUCCAGAGCCCAUCCCUUCAGCCUCUCCAGUGAAUGAAGACUUUCAUGGGAGGCUAGCCAGCACCCUUGGUGAAAUAGCAGCUCCCAGGCUUGCACUGAUGCCACCACCCCCACCACCAGUUUUGACAGACAACUACAGAACGCCUUAUGAUGACGCAUAUUACUUUUAUGGCGUUAGGAAUCCUUUGGAUCCCAAUCUUGCAUAUUAUGGUACAGGUAUGAUGGGAAUGCAACCCACACCUAAUCUGGAUCCUCCUUUAGGCCAAGCCCCAGUAGAGCAAUCUGUAAGUAACACUGGACGGAAGAAUACAGGAGACAGACAAAGAAGCAUAGGAGUAUUUUCUGAAGAAAAAAUAAAGCCUUCCAAAGAGGCAACAUUAUCUUACCAACAAGAAUUACAACAGCAGAUAAGAGAGAGAGAGGAACAACGCAGACAGGAGAGAGAGGAGAAGAAACGCUAUGAAGCCAAGUUACAAGCAGAAAUGAGGAAUUAUAACCCCUGGGGAAAAGGUGGUGGUGGUGCUCCUCUCAGAGACGCAAAAGGAAAUCUGAUAACGGACUUGAAUAUGAUGCACAAGCAAAAUGAAGAUGCCUUGCAUAAUCCAGAGGCAAGACUAUAUGAAGAUAAAAGGGCUGUUGUAUCUGUUGACCAAAGUUUGGCCUCCCUGAGACCUGAGAAUACAGAAGCAUCUACAAAUAAAAUAGCAGCUUCCAGUAGGGAUCCUGUUCUGCAAAAGCUGUUGUGUAUUGUGUCUUUAAUCCUCCUGUCUAGAGCUUUUGGGACUCACCUUAAGCGACAAGAGUCAUACAAGAACUUUCUUCGUCUACAGAUUGAAGAAAAGAGACGUAGGGAAGAAGCAGAGCGAGAAAAACUUAGAAUGGAAGAAGAAGAAGAAGAAAAACGACUAGCUGAACAGAGGAUGAGAAUUAAAAAAGCAUAUGAAGAUGAACAAGAGGAGAAAAGAAGGAAAGAAGAGCAGCAAAGAUUGAAAAAUAAAGAAAUAAUUCGAUUAGAUGAAGAGAGGAAAAAAGAGGCAGAAAAAAGAAGAAAAGAAAAAGAAAAGCAAGAUGAACAACUUAGACAAUAUUUUGAGAAAGAAAAGAUGGAGGAGGAAAAGAAGAUGUUUUCAAGGCAGCCUUCUCCCAUCGUUCCUGCUCUUCAGAACAAAUCAAUAAGAAAAGAAGAAAGGAUUCCCUCUGCCGAGAGCCAUAUAUCUUGCUAUGCCCAAAAUCCUCCACAACCAAGGGUUCCUUCUCCACCUGUCCCUGCUAGAAGAAAUCAGUUGCGUGCAUUUGGUAGGCAGAAAAGUAUCUUUGACGUUCUUGGUUUUUAAAUUAUUUGUGUUAAAUUCGAAGAGAGGCGACUGCAGGAACAGUUGCUAAAUGUGGCCAAUGAUGAUGAAGUACCAAUGACAUGCGGGAGGAGAGAGAAGAAUCCAAAGGACAUAUUUGAGAUGGCCAGGCUUCGCCUGCAGGCUCCAGUAAGGCGACCUUCGUCAAAGGAGACACAAGAUCCUGUCAAUAUACAGAAUAUCUGGGAAUUUAAUGAACUUAAAUACAAAGAUUCUGAAACACGUAUGGGCUUGAGGCGUAUGUAUCCUGAUCCUCCAGAAGAUGACCAGACUCUAGAGAUUCAACAGCAGGCACUGUUGAGGGAGCAGCAGAAGAAAGUUGACAGAAUGAGAACAAGGAGAGAAACAGAAGAUGAUUCUGCUUCUGGCGGUAACCCACAAACCAUGGGACUGUUCAGGAAUGACUCUGAUGAAUUCUUGAGAAAUUCGCUGUUGGAAUCGGAUAGCGCUUUUAUUGGUGCUAAUGGGGAAAUGUUUCCUGCUGGAGGAGACGUUAAUUUAUCACCGCAGCUUCCACCUUCUGCAAGGGAGAGGAGACGAACAAAGCAGAAAGCUUUGGAGUGUGUGGAGGAUGUUCCACCGGGCCAGACGCUGCAGCCUGACAGCUUUUCUUUGCGCUCGAGCUUCAGCCUCGAUGUUGAUCAGUUGAAAGGCAAGAACGAAGAACGACUGCACAGACUGACUGAGCUCCAGCAGAAAUCUGCUUACUUAGGUGACGCCGUUUCCUUGGGAGAAGCGGACGACCUGUUGCAGCGUGCCCCGCUGAGCGCCGGCAGGCGGCCCGGGUCCGUUGACACUGUUGCGACAGAGCCCUGGCUGCGCCCGGGGACUUCGGAGACGCUGCGGAGGCUGGCGGGCGCGGCGGUGGCGUCCUGGGAGGAAGUGCCAGAUUAUUCCAUUGCUUCUCACGUGGUACUGGGUCACCAGCUGAGAGGUCCACCAGCGAAAUGGGGUGGGAAGGCAGUGGCCAGUAACGCAGGGAUCGUGGCGCAAUCAGAGACCUCGGCUAACACAUGCAGCAUAGGCCUCACGGCUGCCUGGUUCUGA